CAGAGCGAGGGCUGACAGAAACGACCCAAUCCUAGAGCCGGGUUGAGGGCGGGGGCGGCAACAAAUGGCUCAGGUGGACUCCGUGCUGGAGCUGUCCUGGGGGAUCUUCGCGGCAGCUGCUGCUGUUUUGGGGAUCCGGUUGCCAGCAAAACAGCUUUGCAGGUUAGAGGGACACCAUGAGCCGUUUCCUGAAUGUGUUACGAAGCUGGCUAGUUAUGGUGUCCAUCAUAGCCAUGGGGAACACACUGCAGAGCUUCAGAGACCACACCUUCCUCUAUGAAAAGCUCUACACUGGCAAGCCAAACCUCGUGAAUGGCCUCCAAGCCCGGACCUUUGGGAUCUGGACACUACUCUCCUCCGUGAUUCGCUGCCUCUGUGCCAUUGACAUCCACAAUAAGACGCUCUACCACAUCACACUCUGGACCUUCCUCCUCGCCCUGGGGCACUUCCUCUCUGAGCUGUUUGUUUAUGGAACCGCAGCUCCCACCGUUGGUGUCCUGGCACCCCUGAUGGUAGCAAGUUUCUCCAUCCUGGCUAUGCUAGUUGGGCUCCGAUACCUAGAAGCAGAACCGGUAUCCAGACAGAAGAAGAGAAACUGAGGCCAGCAGUACCACGCCCACGAUGUCAUCCUCUGCCAUCUUUGCAGUCUUCAUUCAUUCUCUUUGCUCUUUCUUUUCUGCUCCUUAUCAGCCCUUUUAUCCACUUUUAGCUUCUUACUUUUUUUACAUUUUUAACAUUCUAAGAUUCAACAUAAAUGCAGAAAAGUGUAUAACACGUACGUACGUACAACUCAAAGAAUCAUUUAAAAGUGAAUCUCUGUAACUCCAUCCUAGCCAAGACAUUGCCAGCACCUUGGAAGCCUACUGUGUGCCUCCUUGCAACCCCCACAAGCUUUCUAGGCUCCCUUUUCCAUUGUCUGCAUUUGUGUCCUUUCCUUCUCAUUCCUUGAUUCUACUUGUGUGGCAGGAUCAUGCGAACUGUACAACUUCAGGCUGCUGCCCGCCCAGAGCACCUGUGACCAAGGGCUGCCUCCAGGGCUGUCCAUGGAGCUUGGGCCCCUCCCUGCUGCUGGACCCGAGACUGAACCAUCCACGGGACAGGCAGUUCUUCUAAGAAGGGCUCCCCUGUGUACAAGCAGGAUCCUAGCUUUCCUCGUAUCUACAGGUGGAUGAGGGUUGGACGAGCCUGGGCUGUUUUUAGACCUUCCGGUCAACUAUAAUUGUGUAACAAAUUUUGUAAUAAAUAGAAAAAUUCUUGUUCUGAUCA